GGAGAGACAGCAGAGACAGGAGAGACAGCAGAGACAGGAGAGAUAGCAUAGUGUGGAGAGACAGGAGGGACAGGAGAGACAGGAGAGACAGCAUAGUGGGGAGAGACAGGAUAGUGUGGAGAGACAGCAUAGUGUGGAGAGACAGCAUAGUGUGGAGAGACAGCAUAGUGUGGAGAGACAGGAGAGUGUGGAGAGACAGCAUAGUGUGUGACCAGUGGCGAGGACAGUUUGCGACGAGGGGUUUUUAUUCUCCAUCAACAUCGUCGCCAUGCGGUUCUGUGUGGUUCUAGCAGCCGUGGUUCUGGUUCUCCGCGUGUCCUGGACACAGACGGCGGAGGACACCAGCCCAGAACAGACCGACGCAGCGGAACAAGAGACGGACCUGGAGAAGAAAGAGAAAACCACUGAGAUAGAAGAGGAGAAGAACGUGAUGGUCCUGCACAUUAAUAACUUCCAAAGGGCCCUGAGUGAAAACAAGUUCCUGCUGGUUGAGUUCUAUGCUCCGUGGUGUGGUCACUGUCGUCAGUUAGAGCCGGUGUACGCGGAGGCAGCGAGGGUGUUGAAGGGAGAGAGAGAGGAGGAGAGAGGAGAGGAGGAGGGAUUCGGUCUGGCUAAAGUGGACGCUGUCGAGGAGAAUCAACUGGCCGAAGAGUUCGAUGUCGGAAGUUUCCCGACCAUCAAACUGUUCACCGACGGAGACAGAAACAACCCCGUCGACUUCACUGGGAAGAGGACAGUGCAGGGUAUUGUUCAGUGGAUGAAGAGGCGUUCAGGUCCCGUUGCCGUGGCGUUAGAGACUACUGACGCCGCUGCAGAACACAUCAACCUUCACAACGUGACAGUGCUGGGGUUCUUCACCAGUCUGGAGAGUGAGGAGGCCAAGGUGUUCUAUAGUGUUGCCAUGGAGAUGGUUGACAUGGAGUUCGGGGUGACAACCAGUCCAGAGGUCUUCCAGAAAUAUGAAAUAGAGAACAACAGAGUGGUGCUGUUCAAGAAGUUUGACGAGGGCAGGGUAGACCUGUCUGUGUCUGAGGAGGUGAAGGUGGGUGAAGAGGAGCUGACUGUCUUCAUCAGGACCAACAGUCUGGAGCUGGUCAUAGAGUUCAACGAGCAGAAUGCGGAUAAGAUCUUUGGUUCGAAGAUUCACAGUCACAGCCUCCUCUUCAUUAACUCUACAGUGCAGGAGCAGAAGAACCUUCUGCCUGAAUACAGGACCGCGGCCAAGGACUUCAAGGGCAAGGUAUUGUUCAUCAUUAUAGAUGUAACGGGACCAGUCAGUCAUGUCCUGAAGUACUUCGGUCUUUCCGAGGGCGACGCCCCCGCUGUACGCAUCAUCAACACCGACACCACCAAGAAGUUCGCUCUGAUUGGACAGAUAACGGCCGCCACGCUCCAAACGUUCUGUCAGGGAGUUCUGGACGGAAACGUGAAGUCUCAUCUGCUGAGCGAGGAGGUACCAGAGGACUGGGAUAAAGGACCCGUUAAAGUUCUGGUCGGGAAGAACUUUGAGGCUGUCGCCCUAGAGAACAACAAGAACGUCUUCGUAGAGUUCUAUGCCCCAUGGUGUGGUCACUGUAAGGAACUGGCUCCAGUCUGGGAGAAGCUGGCAGAGAAGUAUGCUGACCGGGAUGACAUCAUCAUUGCCAAGAUGGAUGCCACGACCAAUGAGGUGGAGGGAGUGUCGGUGUCUGGAUUCCCUACGCUACGGUACUACCCUGCUGGAGAAGACAGCAAGGUGGUAGAAUACAGCGGGACCAGAGACUUGGAGACGUUUGCUAUGUUCCUGGACAAUGGAGGACAGCUUCCGAAGGCGGAAGAGGAGGAGGAUGAUGGUGAUGAAGAGGAGGUGAAGGAUGAUGAAGAGGAUGUGAAGGAUGAUGAAGAGGACGAUGAAGAGGAGGUGAAGGAUGAUGAAGAGGAUGUGAAGGAUGAUGAAGAGGCUGUGAAGGAUGAUGAAGAGGACGAUGAAGAGGAGGUCACCGAUGAGUCAUCGCCACCGCCAGCCAAUGAGACGUCUAAAGACGAGCUGUAAAGUCAGAGGAUCGAACCAAUCAAAAGGAGUUUAUUGGUUUCUAUGGUUUCUCUUUCGGUUUAAUAAUAAAAGUGAUUUGAUUCUGAA